ACAGACAAACCUCCCAAGCCAUUGUUCCCCAGGGAGAAUCAGCCAAGUUUAUUGAUGUCCAGCUGGGUAAACCUCUCAACAUCCCAUGCAAAGCCUUCUUUGGAUUCAGCGGUGAGUCAGGACCAAUGAUCUACUGGAUGAAAGGAGAGAAGUUUAUCGAAGAGCUGGCAGGCCACAUUAGAGAAGGUGAAAUCAGACUUCUCAAAGAACAUCUUGGAGAAAAGGAAGUGGAAUUAACCCUGACCUUCGAUGCCGUGGUAGAGGCGGAUCUAGCUAAUUACACCUGCCAUGUGGAAAACAGAAAUGGACGAAAACACGCAAGCAUUCUGUUGCGUAAAAAAGAUUUAAUCUACAAGAUUGAGCUGGCAGGAGGCCUGGGAGCAAUCCUCCUCCUUCUUGUGCUGCUUACCAUCAUCUAUAAAUGCUACAACAUCGAGUUGCUGCUUUUUUACCGACAGAACUUUGGAAGCAACGAAGAUGCAGAUGACAACAAGGAGUAUGACGCCUACCUCUCUUAUACAAAAGUCGAUCCUGAUGCUUUAGAUUGUGAUAACAACGAGGAAGAACAAUUUGCUCUCGAAAUACUACCAGAUGUCCUGGAAAAACAUUAUGGCUAUAAACUCUUCAUCCCAGAUAGAGACCUGAUUCCCAGUGGAACCUACGUUGAAGAUCUCACAAGAUGUGUUGAACAAAGUAGAAGACUUAUUAUCGUGCUCACUCCAGACUAUGUUCUCAGAAGAGGAUGGAGUAUUUUUGAGCUGGAGACCAGGCUCCAUAGCAUGCUGGUCAGUGGAGAAAUCAAAGUUAUCUGGAUCGAGUGCACAGAAUUAAAAGACAAAGUGAACUGCCGUGAAGUGGAACUGCUGAAGAGAAAUAUCAAGCUUCUGUCGCUGGUCAAGUGGAAAGGCACCCAAAGUAGCAAACUGAAUUCAAAGUUUUGGAAGCACUUGGUGUAUGAGAUGCCCAUCAAGAAAAAAGUGACACUGUCCCGCCGCCAAGUUCUGGACUCAGCAGAGCAAGGCCUUUUUGGAGAGUUGCAGACCGCACCAUCGAUUGCCGUCACCAGCACCUCUGCUGCUUUGGUAGCCUCUCAGGCCGAUCUGAGCGAUUUCCACCAAACAGAUUCCAUGCCAAUGAGACACUGUUGCAGAAGUUACAAUUAUGAGAUGCCAACCUCCUCUUUGCCGAUGGCUUCUCUAGGGUCCCACCACCACGCAUACUGCAACAUACCCUUGACACUGCUUAAUGGACAACUACCUCUAAAUAAUGCCGCAAAGAAUGCUCCCGAAUUUCACAGAAACAGCCCUCUGCUGCCUUUGUCAUCCAAGGAGCUUAGCUUCACCAGCGAUAUUUGGUAAAGAUGAUCUGAAUUCUUCAGAGCCACUAAGUCAGCAUCCCAAAAGGCCUAGGUUUUGUACUAAACAUUUAAGAUUCUACACAAAGAGUGCUUAAAAGUGGAUGGAGGAAAACAGCACAGUUUUUUUUCAUUUUUUUUCUUUUUUUGGUAUUUAAAUAUUUUUGUUUACAGUUCUGGAAUAUUGGAGGACAAAAAGAAAACACAUGAAGAACCUUCUUUUAUAAUAUGGUACCAACUUUAGCUAGCCAGUUCUGAUUUUUUUCCUUGAGAAGAAAUUCCCAUUGUCUUGGAGUAGAUUUUAUGAUGUCACACGGAUAGACUCGAUCUAGCUGACUUGUAUUUCUGUACUCAUAUUUCAGAAUUUCAAAUACAGAAAAUUAGAGACUUGAUUACAGUUUGGAAAUUCUAAACUUAAGUUGAAGGAAGAAAUCACUUACAAUGAAUGAAUGAGGAAUUUGCCUUGGGGAAAGGGCAGAGUACCCCCAUUGUAAUAUAGUUAGAAGUUUUUAGGGGCUAAUUGGGGAGCAGCAACUGAGGGCAGUGGUGGUGGAAAAUGAAUGAAGACUGGAGAGAUUGUCAAUAUCGUGCACAACUACUGCAAGAUUGAUCAAGAACUCAUGACAACAGCAUUUUGUUUUAUUAAGCAAGCACAUCUUUAGAAGAAAAAAAAAACAACUGGGAGUCAGCUAAACAAAGGGAGAGAUAGCUGUCAACUCUCCUGGAUUGAUUUUCAGCAACCCAUGGAACUUACUUCUUUCACAAGUCUUGCAACUUUUGAAAGACCUUUUUGGAAGUGUUUUGAACACAGGUUUUGGGUUUUUUUUUUUUUAAUUUGCUAACAAAGUCACAUUUGGAUUUCUUUUUUUUUAUUAUUAUUAUUAAGAUCUCUUGACCUGUUGUCAGAUUUGUACACUGAUAGGAUUUUCUUCCUGUUUCUUUCAGCGUCGAUGGAGUUUCCAUUUAAAUACACAUUUGACUGAGAAUGUCACCAAUAAAAAAGAAGAAAUAUUCACAGCACUAUUCACAGAUGAAGUACCAGAUGAUUCAAGUUUCUUAGUCACAGGGUAGCAAUUCCAGGAAAAUCACCAGGAAUGUAGCUAUGAAACAGACUAUUCUGCUGAGGUUUAGAAGGCUUCUGUCAGAGGAUACCAAUUCUUGAUCCUUCUAACAGCCCACUUGGGAGACUGGGAUCUUCAAGCAGAGAGACCAGGGCAUGAGUAGAACACCAAGUACAAGACUCCACAAAUUCUCAGUAAUUGCAGGUUUGCAAUAGGUAGAAUGGCCCUGUUUGAAUGACUACUCCUUGAAAUUCAUCAGAUUUUGCCCUCCCCACUCACAGUUGCCCUAGUGGGGGUCAAUCCUGACUCCAGCUCAACUUGGGCAUUUUGCAGAUGGCACUUACAACUAUGCACCAGGCUGAGUGAACAGAAGCGAUGUACCAACAGUGAACAGUACAGCAGAAUUCCAGAUUGGUCUGGUGCUUUUAAUUGUGUUCAUAAUUGUGCGAUAAGCUUGUGCAGUCACCUACUAGCCGAUGGAUUUUGGUUGUCUCCUUAAUCCUCUUCUCUUGAUCAAAUGUAAGCCAUUGCUUUAUUCUAGAUAUCCAUUAUCUAUAGUCAUUCAUUCAAUGCUUUAUUCACAAAUGUAGUGUGUGGAAGCUUAGUUGUCAGUGUGGGGGUAAGAGCUUACUCCCUCAGUUAAGUUCCCACAUGUACGUGUUUCAUAGAUAUAGUCGUUCCAUUAAGAACAGUGACUUUGGCCUCCAUUCUAACUGUAUGUAUUUCCAAGCAGAAAUUGACAAACUCUACUCUGUUUUCUACAUGUUACAGACUUUCUGUUUAUGCUGGGUAUGUUCGUUAAUGCAAUGUGUAACUAAAAUAAUAUUUGCAUGAAGUGAGCCGCAUAUGUUUCAAGUGACAAGUUGUGAUUUCAUUAUUUUGCUUCCACAUGAUUCUAAAUCUGAUUACUCUAUAGAGGAUGUUCAGUGAUAUUUUUAAACUAUUAGUUCUGUAGUAUGCAUGCCUGUUCUGAAAACCUAUUUCAGGUUUCUCUGUUUCCUUGAUUUAUGAUGAUUAAAUGUGGGUAACCGUUGGAAUCA